AUGCAUGGAAGAUUUGAAGCACUUGUGAGCAAUGUCAACGAGCAGGAGGAUCCCUUACAUGGAGACAGAAGAUGCCUCACUGUUGGUUAUGUUUCAAAAUGGGUGGAAGCCAAACCCACCAGAACUAAUGACGCUCAGGUUGUUGUGGAUUUUGUUAGAUCUCACCUAUUCUAUAGGUUUGGAGUACCUAGAGCUAUUGUUAGUGAUCAAGCUGAAAUUUCAAACAAGGAGAUUAAGAGAAUCUUAGAGAAGAUUGUCCAGCCCAACAGAAAUGAUUGGAGUAACAGGUUGGAUGAUGCUCUUUGGGCGCAUAGGACUGCCUACAAAGCAACCAUAGGGAUGUCUCCUUAUCGAGUUGUCUUUGGCAAGGCAUGUCAUUUACCUGUUGAGAUUGAGCAUCGGGCCUAUUGGGCUGUAAAGACCUGCAACUUCUCCAUUGAUCAGGCUGGUGAGGAAAGGAGGUUGCAACUAAAUGAGCUUGAUGAGAUCCUCUUGGAAGCCUAUGAGAAUUCAAAAUUCUACAAGGAGAAAACCAAGAAGUUCCAUGAUAGCUUGUGA